AUGGCAAACUGGAGGGAGCGUGGCUACGUGCCAGACUCUGACGACGACGAAGAGGAAGACCCCAGAAACGACAGACCCAGCAUCGACUGUGCGGACGGGACAACUUUUGAGACGACGCUAGCCGAUGUGCAGGCUGCGAAGGACUUCGACAGCCCCUGCCCCGGUGACAACAGUCCAACAAAGCAAAAUGAUAACGUUUCCGACGAGCAUGAUGCCAGUCCCCUUCUUCAACCAGAUCGCACAGGCAGGUUGACGCAUGAUGAUGCUCAAAUUGGCCACUCGAGAUUGUCGCAGACCUCUGACACCCAUUUGAAUUCAACGGCUGCCAAGCUCGAAGCUGAAAUACAGAAAGGUCUGCAGACAGUGCAAGAUGUCCUUUGCUCUGUGGUCCCAGGUUUCGACAGUGACACCGACAGUCCUCUUUCUUCAGUUCCCUCCUCGGUGCAUACUUCACCACAGAAAAAACAGUCAGGGCAAUCACGACCAGCUGUUCUUCCCGAGGUAGUGACCUCUCAGAUCUUUGAAAAUGAUGGACUGUCGCUGGACUCAUCUGCCGACGCCUUACGAAGGCGGUCAUUCCGACCUCGUGCCCCAAUCCAGCUUCAUCCCUACGCAAUCGAAGAUGCCAGGUAUAGACAAACUUGGAGAGAUCGGGGCUUGCACCCUGUUCGCGCUCCAGAUCCGCCUUCACAUCUGCGAGAAAGCGCCAAGGACGAUUCCCAAGGCACCACUGCAUAUGAGAGCAGCCAAGUGGACCAUUCCGACAGUCAAGUUCCACGCUCAGGCCCUGCUGAUGAUGUAGGGUAUGGUGAUUCCACGGAAGCCGGAGAUGAUGAAUCCCAAAGUCCAAUACGCGGGACACGUCUCCGUGUAUCGUCUCCUGUGUCUGGUUCCGAGGAUGAUCUUCCGGACUUGUCAGCUCUCCUCAAUACCAGAACCGCAACCUCAUAUAUAUCAAGACUGAAGCGGCCUAAGUCUGCGUUGGUACCACGACGCCGAAUUGAGAUUGGCAGGUCCCGUAUCGACGAGCUUCCCGACGGCGGCCAAGCUCACAGAAAGUCAUCUUCCAAAGAAGAUGGCGUGAGUUCCAUGAUUCCGCCUUCCCCGCCUCGAUCUGGUGAUGGACCGUCUUCGCAAACGGGCGAGGCGGACAACAAUCUGGGGCCAUCAACUGGAAGCCGCACACCCGUCGUGCUCCCAACUCCCGUGGUCUCCUCAGAUAUGCAGACUUCGAAGAGGACGUUCAGCGAAACCCUCGAUUUUUCUGAUUCAGAAACUGAUGCCAUCAGUAUCAGUGACGAUUCAGCUGGGCCUCCUGAAUUAGAAGAGCGCUUGAAUGAUAGGUUCCAGGCCGUACGACAAAUACAACGCAAGAUUAAAGGAGUUCUGCCAGCAUCCUGGCUGAAGCUGGACAUGAAGAAGCAACGAAAGGACACCCAUGCUACUCGAAUUCAAGCCCAAUCUCCUCUCAAGGGUGCUUUGGAGAAGGGGAUAGCGCAACGUAUCUCAUCCGCCGGGAGGAGAGCCAGAGAUAAGAUUGUGAGUGUUGAUGCCUCUGACCUGGGAGAAUCAUCAGAAAGCGAGUCCACUACCUCCGUCAACGAUGAGAUGAACGGGAUUGAGUAUCAGGACGCGGAUGCCUUUGGGGACGAUGUUAUGGAAGACAAUGCCGUCGAUGCCAUGCUGGCUCCCCAAUCGAGAAGGUCGUACACCGGAAAAAGACAGCAGCGAUUGAAAGGUGUUUGGCUCAAGCAGAAUACCCUUGAGGCCAACAGGACUCUUCCUCGUCAAGGGCCCUCCUCUCGCCGUCCGAGGACAGCUGUUUCCUCUUUGUCGAACAAUAGGGCGCGGCCGCGUAAGAAGAUCAAACGCACGCACAGAAAACCGCAGAUGACGAUAUUGGACGCUCCUGGUUUCAAAGACAGGGAUGUGCCACGAUUUCUAAGAAUUGCGUCCAGACGCAUUGUGCAUCAAAGAUCAGCACGAAACCAAGACCCUUCCAUGAAGGUUUUCAAGUUGGCGACAAUGAGAGAUACUGAAGAUGUGAAUGAAGCGGUAAGAAAUUGGAGACGUGAUCAUCGUCAAGUACAUCAUUCUGUCAAACCCGACGAUGCUAUCAACAGCAGGACUUUCUUAACGACUCAGCGACCCAAUCUGGACGAAGUAGUGCUUGGGAUUUCUGCCGCUCCAACACGUCCUUCACACGACAAUAUUCAUCGUCCUGACACGCACCUCGAUUUCUUGAAAAGAAACACCAACACCACCCUCGAACGCAUUCGCAAUCAUCAAAGUCAGAGUGCCCAGUUAAGAAGCGAAUCAAUUGGUCUGUUUGCGGGUCGUCCUUCUGCAAUUCUCGACUAUUUCAAGCCUCGAGCUUCGCGUCGCGGCCAUCUCAGCUCGCGUCAGAAAGUUCCACUUGUUGAGCACAACACCCACAACCUCGAAGGCCCAGCCCUUGCAUCCUCCAAUCCUUUCAUAGUCCAAAAACGUGUGCCCAAGGGGGCACAACCAAGACAAAAGCGACUCCAUCAGAAACUCCCACAGAAAACAUCUACAAAGGCUUCAGCUCAGACAUCUUUCCCAAUGUCUCGACCUGCAGAGAAGCGAGGUUUCUCUCCGCCCUCUCCAACACUUCCUCCAUUGCGUCCAGUGAAGAAGCAACGUCCCAUCUCGCUCGGCACGCGCUACGCCAAUGAUACCGAUCCAAAUGAUGUCUUAUGCCUUCAGAGUCUCAAACUAGAAGAUGACAACGACACCAUCUCCUGUGCGAUUCAAUAUCCUCCAGGAUCAGGCUCAUUAGCGAAUAUUGAAAUGCCCUCUAACUCUCCACCUGUCUGCAUUCGUCUCCUGGACGCCAUAAAGUCCUCUAUGGCUGAUACCACUCGUCUGUUUCGACCAGGAUCGGCCUACAACACUAUCAACAUCAUCACUGCACCUAAAUCUCGCCGCACUCUCCAUUCUAAUGGUUGGUCCAGAGACGUCGAAGACAUCAUUCGAGAUGCUUUUACAGAAAUCUUCGAGGUCACCUGUGGCGACGCGACGACACUUGGAACUACAACAGAGGAACAGACACGUCUCUUAAGCAAAGCUGCGGAUUCGAUCGAAAGCAUUAUCACUUAUGCCAAUGAGAGUCUCUCCUUCUUGAAUGACGAAGAGCUGGAAGCCUUUAUCCGGUUGACAUCAGAGUCAAUGGAAAAUAUGUGGCAGGGCAUCGGUAUAUGCGAGAGCGCCACAACAGAAGCUCGUGUAUCCCAGACGUUGAAGGUGCUGAAUGGUUUCCUCCUUCUAGGAUAUCAAACCAACCACUUUGCUACCGCGACAGGUUUGCCCGAGAGAAUUCGUGCCAAGAGCUUGAAGAUCUGGCAGAAUAUUGCCAGCCUUGCUUGGGAGCUUGCUUUCCGUAAACAAAACAUCGCUCAGCUCUUCGGGAGCACUGCUGCUCAGUUCGGAAGUGAUCCUGUAUCUGCUGAACAUCGACUCACUCCGACAACGGAAAUGGAGACAAUCUUCCUGAUACACCACGUUGGCCCUCAGCAAGAGUGGAGCGUCUACUUGGAAACAAUCUUCUCCAGCCAUGGCAAGCCAGCAAUGCUCCUAGAGUCCCAGGCUGAGUCACUCGCUUACACGGUCAUCGUACUUGGCUGUAUUCUUUCUGUCGCCGGACCGGAGGGGCUCGCGACACAUACCGACACUAACUGCGUCGGCUCUCUUGGGUCCUCUCUUCUCCGUCUUCUUCCAAUGCACGUGUCGGAAUUCCUCAAGUUCUUUGUCGAGAAGAAGGCCGCUUAUAGCUCGCGGCUUGGGGGCAAGACGCCACAGGUGAGGAAGCUGGAGCAGUUCGGCAUGGUCAUGUUUCAAUGGUGCUUUGUCCUCGCACGAAAUCUUCAAACUGACAUUGCCGACAAUCUGCUGAAACAAAUGUUCAAGUACUACUCGGACAAGACAAACAAUAUGCUCGAACUCUUCACGUCCAGAAAUACCGAGGAGACGCCAGCAUUCCUCGAACGCCUGGGGCGCGCGGAGCAGCUAAACCUCGAAGACAACGAUACCGACUUCGACAUUUUCCUGAAGCUCACGGCCAUAACAUUGGUCGCUCGACCUCCACCGGACUCCGAGAUUGAAGAACAUGAUCGGAAGUUGGCUCUUCGUAAGCGCUCGCUCCUGUUCAUCUUGUUACCAAACAAGGGCCGCGACUCUUCCAACGACAAUGAGAUGCUCGUCGAUGAGGACUACCCGCUUCCAGACGUUGAUCUGGUUGCAGUAUCAAACCGAUACACACUGUUUACGGCCUUGUAUCACUAUGCACCUGUCGGCUUCAAACCCGAGAUAUCGCAGAUUCGAGACUACAUCGAUUUUCCUACGGCGCAUGAUGCAGUGCGCCAGGUGAUUGUACGAUGUUGGGAGAACAUUGCCAAGUCAACCCUCUCUCAGUCAGCCGGUCGUGCGGAGCUGCUUGAACUUGGAAACUGGCUUCUGGCCAUGUUCUUUUCGAUGUGCAAUAAGCUUUCCCGGAUCCCACAGAUUGACAACAACAUGCACGAGCACGAGAAACGCGUACACCUGGCCAAUCGAAACACUACGGUCGACCGCGUCUUACACAUUGUAAAACGAUAUGCUACCGCAAUUGAUCUCUGCACCACUCGAGACCAGGUCUCGUGCCUCCUCACCCGUGAAGAGGUGGGCUCUCUGAUAUUCUCUUGUUACCAUGAUCAAGGCUACGGCGACCUUGUGGUCAGCGGGAUCUUCGACCUCUUCACAGCCUAUGUCAAGAAAAGCUUUGGUAAAGACAAAGACGAAAUCCUGGCCUUCCGGCGAGCCAUCCGGGGUGUUCUUGUGGACCAGCUCAACCGUACUGAUCCUAUUCAGGACACCUUGUUGAUGUCCUUGACCGACACUUGGUUUGUAAUCGGAAGGCUGAUGGUUGAAGGUGGCCAUUCCCGCUGGGACAGUUUCCUGAACGCCUGGUCUCCGGUAUCUUUCCCACAAAUUGCCGAUACCGAAAUCGGAAGGCAAUGUCAGGUGUUGUUGCUGAGCAAGAUCGCAACGGAUCGGUCUGUCGUCCUGGCUGAUCCCUAUCCCUUCAUUCAUACCUGGUUGUGGUCAAUCCUAAAGCCGCAGGCGUUGAUAAAGUUCGAACACUGUUUGACGAACCAGCUCAUGGAAAGUAUCCCCGGUGCCUUCGGCCUUGACGACCUGCGUCGAAACAUUUCCAACGGUGCCACCGGGUACUUCCUCGACCGGUCUGAUAUUAUCAAACAUCGCCUCUCAAUUGUCCACCACAUUAUUCGCUAUGCCUACAGCGUCCAAAAUGUUGAUGAUCCCUCUUCUAAUGGGAAGCUCACAAAAUAUCAAUGGGACCACUUGAUGACCAUGAUUUCAAGGACCAUGAAGCAAACAUGGGAGCAGCUGGACGGAGCAGCAAGACCAGAAUGGACCACAUUCAUGCAGAAAGUCAUAUUCCGUCUCGGCAUGUACAAAGGCCCCGGCUUCGAAAUCGACCCAUGGUUCGUUGAUCUGGAUCAGAAGGGAUUUGAGGACAAGGUCUUCCACCUGGAGCGCCUCUUCAUUCGCCUGCCCAGUGAAAACCGACCUGAUCGGUAUGACAGUGAGUACGUGACUAAGGCCUUCCGAACAGCUUGCGAAAUGGCCUGGACUGGCGACAAGCAAGAUCAACUUUUCCAACAUCUGGUCACGAUAUUCACUGCUUACGAUCCAAGCUACGUGGAGAACGAUGGCAGCUUUCUGCUCGACAUCAGGGGGCAACUAAACUUCUUGAAGGCAGUCUUCCCCGCGUAUAUCCAGCGCGCUCUCAACGAGAACCUGCCCACAACGCUUUUCGCGGUCCCCAUCCUGGAUGCAGCGACACAGAUCUUGGCGAGGCUGGAGAUGCGUGUUGACCUCGAGGAUCAGUCGCAUAUGGAAUCGUUCGCCGAGCUCAUCGUGGUCUGGAUGCGAGCAGCAGUUGCAGCCAUGCGAUAUAACGGCUGCGAGCCCCUGUACCAAUAUGGCUGGGAGAUCGAAAUAGUCUCGCGCCUCGGCCGUCUCUGCGCGCUCGGCUGUAGCCGCUGGGCUCACCUUCAUCAACUUUUUCCCUCCUCUGGCGCCAUCCUCGCCUUUCAGCCAUACGUGCAAACGUAUGCAUAUUUCGCUUACGAGUGGAUCUGCUCUGCCGCGGCGAUGGAAGACGACGCUCGGCCUUCGGACCCAGAACUGUGGGCGAAAUACCGCAAGAGCUCCGAUAGAGCGAGGUGGGACUUCGGCUUCGAGCUGCCCGCGCUGGCGCUCCCCGAGCAUAUCAAUGCUCUGGAGGACUUUGUCGGCGACGACCUCGAGUGGUCGGGCCGGUGUGACUGGCGUCUCCGCCAGUUUUCGACCUGGGGCCCCGUCUGGGUGUUUACACGCCCCGGAUCGGGUCCAGAGACGAAGGAACCGCGGGAGGCGGUCGGAGACGACUUCAUGGUGAAUGAAGUCGGUGCGGUGUUGGCGGAGCUGGAGCGGGCGUUGACCCUCUUGGGGGUCAUGGAAGAGGAGUUGUGA